AUGGCACGUCUCAUACCGUACAUGUCUAGGAAUGAUGAAAUGGGGAAGAAACAUUACAUUCAGGGGUUGCCUGAUAAGGAUAGGCACUUGGUAAAGGCUCAUGCUCCUCUUGAUUUUGAUGCAGCAGUUGAGCUAAGUGCGACUCUUUACGAUGAUGUAUUAGCAGUUGAAGAGAAGAUGGAGGAACCAGAAAAGAAGUGGGUUGGGUCGAAUAAGAGGUUUAGGGGUGAACAUGGGGAUACAGUUGAUAAGCGGGUUAAAACUGAGAACUUGGGUACAUGCAGGAAGUGCAGAAAAACACACUCUGGGGAGUGCUCAAUGAAGAGCAUUCUUUGUUUCCGUUGUGGGCAAACGAGACACUUUGCUAAUGAUUGUAAGGCUGGCCCCAAGUGUUACAAAUGUGGGGGUUUUGGGCACAUAUCCAGAGAAUGCAAGGGCAAAAAGGGCGAGGGGUCAAGCAAGGGUCAUGCUGAGGACAAGAAAGACGAUGUGAAACCGAAGGCAAAUGCACGGGCCUUCACGAUGACUAAGGCUGAGGCAAAGACUGAUCCGAAUGUUGUUUCAGGUACAUUCCUGGUUAAUGAUGUUCCUGCUUCUGUGUUAUUUGACUCUGGGGCCAGUAGGAGCUUUGUGGCCCAUUCCUUUUAUGGUAAAUUGCGUAGAAUGCCUAGGAACAUUGAGGAACCAUUUUGUGUUGAAACUGCUGUGGGUCAACCUACUAGUGUGACUGAUGCUUUAGAUGAUUGUUUUAUUGAUUUGGAAGGUCAUAGGUUCCCUGCUAGACUGUUUAUCAUUACGUUGGGUGGCUUUGAUGUGGUAUUGGGAAUGGAUUGGCUGUCCGCAUUUAAUGCAGAUAUCGUUUGUCGGGAAAAAUUGAUACGAUUGACGUCAUUAGAAGGGAGUCUUGUGACAGUUUAUGGCGAUAAGGUGUGCUCUUCGCCGAAAAUCAUUUCUAUGAUGAAGGCGGUAAAAUUCUUGAGGCGAGGGUGUGGAGCUUACUUGGUAUAUGUCAUCGAUGAUGUUGUGGAACGUAAGGAGUUGGCAGAUAUGCCUGUGGUGUGUGACUUCCCUGAUGUUUUUCCUGAUGAUUUGACGGGAGUGCCACCAGAACGGGAAAUUGAGUUCCAAACUGACUUACUGCCAGGAGCUCAGCCAGUUGCCAUAGCGCCUUACCGUCUGGCUCCGACCGAAAUGAAAGAGUUGAUGGAGCAGCUUCAGGACCUUUUGGAUAAAGGAUUCAUCUGA